AUUUAAUAACAUUGUACCGGUUUUAGGAAAAUAAACGAGAUGGUGUAUAUUUUGAAUGAACCGCCAGAACUAAGCCAUAGCCAAUCAGAUGAUUCCACAUAGCUGUUCAAAAUUGACGUGUCAUUUUUCUUGAAUAUUCCUCGAUCAAUAACAAUAAUUCCCCUACUACAACCUGCUACACAACAGUGAACUCAAUACUAAGAGGCAAAACUGGAAAUUUCAUCCUAGAAUUGCAUCAGCAAUUUUAUUAUAAUUGGGAGUUCUGUCGCCGGUAUUACCCUUUCGUCUUGACUUUGCCUUUUAUUUAUAAAAUUUUGUUGGUGGUGAACGAUACAAGUGAUUGUGUAUUGGUGGUUCCCCAGAUCUUUUUGGGAUGAAUUCGUCAGAGUUUUUGAGAAUAUUGGGUAUUGAUGUUGAUCAAAAUGAAGUUCUGGAAGUACCAAGAGCGAAGAAACGUCGGCUCGAUCACCUAACUUGGGAUGAAAAAAUUCAAAGAAAAAAAUUGAAGAAUCGAGUUGCUGCCCAAACAUCCAGAGAUAGAAAGAAAGCAAGAAUUGAACAGAUGGAAAGUGCCAUUACUGAAUUGUGUACUAGAAAUGAUACUUUGUUGUCUGAAUGCGAAAAUCUCAAAACUUUGAAUGAACAAUUGUCCAAAGAGAAUGCAGAGCUGAAAGCUAGGUUGAGCGAACCAUGCUUGAGUUGUAAAGAAAAACGUUCUGUUGGACCUGAGUCUGAUGAAGGAUCAUCUGAAUCUCUUCUUCUGCCGAUGGGGUCAGACACAAGUCCAGCUGUACGUUUAUCCAAAACUCAAACAUUCCUCAAAAUAGCCCUAGUGCCUUCUCUACCGGACUUGCUCGAUGACCUCCACAACGACAUCGACUUUGAGUCUUUGGAGCAACUUGCAGAGAGCCUCCUUGAAGAUAUCGCCAGAGACUUGGAAAAUGCUGCUCAGAAAGCAGAUUGUGAAGUACAAAGCAUCGAUGAAAGUGGAGGACAAGGAACUACCAGGCCAGUGGUGGGGGAAGCAUCAAAAAAAUUGGAAUCCACUAGAAGUUCUGUGCUGAAUACAGAAAAGGAGAAGUCAUUAGAAAAUGAUAUCUCUCAAUAUCUCUUACUACACCAUAAUUAUACAAAACCAGGCCCCGAUCCAAGGGAAUUACCAAAACCUAAAAAUAAAUGUAAAAAGGACACUAAAUCUAAAACUGUACUACGCACAAAUUCAAAAUUGAAAAAGAUCAUUCCAAAAAUUCCAUUUAAUAUUUUAACUCCAAAAGGUUUACAUUUCCAGGAUGAAUCAGUUCAAAACUUGAUUAAAUGUGAACCAGCAAUAGAAUGCUCCAAACCUAUUAUAAGCUUAGACUAUAUAUUGAAAGAAAAAACAUCAGAUCUCAAGGAUGUGAAAAUUCCAAAAAUCAUUAAAUGUGAACCAGUGUUAGAAUGUAAUCCUUCAGUAAAUCUUGACACCAGUUUAGAAAAUUUAGAUGUAAUAUAUGGAACUUAUGAUGAAGCUACUAAUUGUGUAACUAUCGUUAUUAAUGAAGAUGGUACCAAUGCAAUAGAUUCUGAAGAAAUUGUGUUAUCUCCAGAAAACACAGUUUCUUCAGAUGAUGUUCAGAAGUCAUCAAAUACUUUAAGUUUACCAUUUUCAAAAAUUGUAAAUGGAAGUGUUUCCCCCAUCUCAAGUUCAGGAUCUGAUUGUGGAUAUGAAUCUUUGGGUUCACCAUCAUCACAUUGUGAAAAUGAGUGGGCGGAAAUGUCUGAAUUAUUUCCCACUUUGCUUUAAAAAACUGCAUGUACGAAAAAUAUAUUUAUUUAUUUUUGUUAUACACAUAUCUGUUGAAUUUAUGUUUAGAUUAUAUAUUGUAAUAAAAUUAUGUAUAGUAAGAGAAA